AAACCAAACCUUUUUCUACUCCAUGCUGGCUCGGCCCAGGCCAAACCAACCCCACCCCGGGACCCGGAUGUUGUUGGCCUGGGCCUGGAACUUGAACUGGGUUCGGCCAAGGCAGGGAUGGUAUUCUGGCCAGGGACAUUGUUGUGGGUGUCGAUAAAGGCGUGGACCGACCAGCCGAUCGACCGUCUGCUUGACUGGUUCGGUCUCUUGUUUGGUCCAAUUUUUACCUGGAGAGAUGGGACACACACUCAAACACACUGUAUGGGAGUGGCCGUUGCUCUGUCGGAUGUCACAGGCACAGACAAAUCAGUGACUAGGGUGCUCGUCCGAGCUCCCUACGAUGUUGGAAACACAGCAAAGCAUUGACGGCCAUAGAUGGGAGAUAGUCCUUGGACGGAUACAAAGGAUAUCAAGCAACGGCCUUGCCCAAAAGAGACUAACAAACCGGGCUUGACGCGGAUCCCCUGUACGACAUAGUUGAGCGACCCCCCGCUCGACAAGGCGGCCCAUCUCGACGCUUGAGUCUUGACAGUCGGCUUGGGAUGCACUAGGACCAGCCCACGAGGGGUUUCU